GGUAAACAAAGUUUGUUUCAAAAUAACAACACAACAAUCGUGGGCACCGCCAAAAGUAAUAUUUUUAAUAGUUCCGGAGUUAAAUUUUGGAAAUUUCCAUUAAAACUAAAGCUAAAGUGAAUACAAAUGGCUCAAACUACCGUCCCAAACCAGUCCACGUUGUUGCCACUUGAACUGGUGGACAAAUGCAUCGGUUCUCGGAUACACAUCAUUAUGAAAAACGACAAGGAAAUCGUCGGCACGCUGCUUGGGUUCGAUGAUUUCGUUAAUAUGCUGCUGGAGGAUGUGACAGAGUACGAGAACACCUCCGAGGGAAGACGAAUCACCAAGCUGGAUCAGAUUCUUUUGAACGGCAACAACAUAACCAUGCUUGUUCCUGGAGGAGACCUACCGGAGGCUAACUGAGUGUACAGCAGUGUGAAUUGUUUUCAUUGUAUGGACUGAAAAGACGGUAUGAUUUUUUGUAAUUUA